GGCCCGGGCCCCUUCGACACCCGCAGCCCCGCCUGCCGGGGGAUGUGAGUCGCGGGCUCCGCAAGAGGCCGGGCGGGCUGCACGGGCCCCGGCGCCUCCCGAGGCACGCGCGGGCGAGGGGCACGCCCCGGCCCCGGGCAGCUCGGGUCGCCAUGGGCAUCCAGGGCAUGGAGCUGUGCGCCAUGGCCGUGGUGGUGCUGCUGUUCAUCGCCGUCCUCAAGCAGUUCGGCAUCCUGGAGCCCAUGUCCAUGGAAGAUAGCAGCGACAGUGAGCUGGAGCUGUCCACAGUGCGCCACCAGCCGGAGGGACUAGACCAGCUGCAGGCACAGACCAAGUUCACCAAGAAGGAGCUACAGUCCCUCUACAGGGGCUUCAAGAACGAGUGUCCCACAGGCCUGGUGGAUGAAGACACCUUCAAACUCAUUUACUCCCAGUUCUUCCCUCAGGGAGAUGCCACCACUUAUGCACACUUCCUCUUCAACGCCUUCGACGCUGAUGGGAACGGGGCCAUCCGCUUUGAGGACUUUGUGGUCGGCCUCUCCAUCCUCCUGCGAGGAACAGUCCACGAGAAGCUCAAGUGGGCCUUUAACCUCUACGACAUCAACAAGGACGGCUACAUCACCAAAGAGGAGAUGCUGGCCAUCAUGAAGUCCAUCUAUGACAUGAUGGGCCGCCACACCUACCCGAUCCUGCGGGAGGACGCGCCUCUGGAGCACGUGGAGAGGUUCUUCCAGAAAAUGGACCGGAAUCAGGACGGGGUGGUGACCAUUGAUGAGUUCCUGGAGACCUGUCAGAAGGAUGAGAACAUCAUGAGCUCCAUGCAGCUGUUUGAGAACGUCAUCUAGGACAUGUCGGCGGGGAGGGGUCCUUGAGUGGCCACUGCCACCUCUGCCCCCAAAGAAAUCUCAUCCUGCCAGGAGCAGCCUGAGAAACUUUUUUCUAAUAUAUUUGCAAAAAGUGAACAGUUUGCUCUAGACACACACACA